CCAAAUACAAUAUAGGCGGAUAAGUGCACAGAUGAAAGGCACUAUACUGUAUAUACGCGAUACGCAGGAGAAAGAGAUUGCCGGGUUCUGUAAGACAGGGCGGCGUGGAGCAACGGCUCUGGUGCUGAGUUUUAACUUCCAUGGUUGAAGGUUAAAUGCCCACCCUUGUCUGCGCUUCCUCUAUAAAACAGAAAAACAGAAAAGAAAACAACAAGGAGACCACGAAUGGAGUCAUCAUCCAGAUAUGUAGUGACAAUCCAUAUGGUUUGAUCGAGUGGUCUUAGGGGGCCUGCGGAGAACUAGGUGGAGAUAAAGGCGCCGUAUUAUCAGCGUAUGGCCAGAUGAAGAGAUCUCACAAGAGUGCAGACAGACGGGCGGACGGAUGGACGUUGCUAUCAAUAAAUGUAGAAGAAGGACAAGUGUUAUCUACCAUAAAGUACAUUGGUCCAAUAAAGAGAUAUUAAUGGGACAGAUGAAGAUAUCGAGAGGUCAAAGGUGCCCUGCUAGGACGGAGAGACUUGAGCAAAGCCAGAGUUCGACGCCGAUGCCGCUUACACACAGAAAGCACUAAAGAUUUGUCAGAAUGGAAAACGUAACAUCUCCUGAAGGUAACCAGACGGCAAAAGAGUGGGCAGAGCCGAGCACCGAGUACAAGGUUGCGAGCACCCUGCUGGUCAUCAUCAUCUGUGGGGCGGGCAUAGUUGGCAACAUAAUGGUGGUUUUGGUGGUCCUUACCACCAAGCACAUGAGGACGCCUACCAACUGCUACUUGGUGAGUCUAGCGGUUGCCGACCUCAUGGUUCUGAUCGCGGCGGGCCUGCCGAAUAUCACCGAGAGUAUCUACGGGUCCUGGCUCUACGGCUACGCGGGAUGUUUGUGCAUCACGUAUCUGCAAUAUCUGGGCAUCAACGCCUCUUCUUGCUCAAUCACUGCCUUUACAAUUGAGCGCUACAUAGCCAUCUGCCACCCAAUCAAAGCCCAGUUCCUCUGCACGAUCUCCAGAGCUAAGAAGAUCAUCGUCGUCGUCUGGACGUUCACCUCCUUCUACUGCGUCAUGUGGUUUUAUCUGUCGGAUACCAAGCAGCUCCAAUAUGCCAAUGUGACGGUCGUGGUGUGUGCAUACAAAGUGUCUCGAAAUCUUUACCUGCCCAUUUAUUUCUUGGAUUUUGCAUUGUUUUAUGUGGUGCCGUUGAUGGUGGCCACGAUACUUUAUGGACUCAUUGCAAGAAUUCUGUUCCUGAAUCCGCUUCCCUCCGAUCCGAAAGAGAACACAAAAAAGUGGGGGAAUGACGGCGGAGCCGAGGCCAAGGCUUCAAAGCCUAAGUCAUCGAGCAGGUGCUCAAGUAACACGGCGCUGUCGAGGAGACAGGUGACGAAGAUGUUGGCUGUGGUGGUGAUCCUGUUUGCUCUCUUAUGGAUGCCAUAUCGAACGCUGGUGGUGGUCAAUUCAUUUCUGUCCUCCGAGUAUUCAGACACUUGGUUCAUCCUGUUCUGCCGCAUGUGCAUAUACCUGAAUAGUGCCAUCAACCCGGUCAUUUACAACGCCAUGUCUCAGAAGUUCAGGGCGGCCUUCAAAAAGCUCUGCAAAUGUAAGAAGAAGCACUCGGAAAGGCCGGCCAACUACAGCGUGGCUCUUAACUACAGCGUCAUCAAAGACACCUCCAAUGGAGAAAGUCCCGACCACUUCACCACGGAGCUCGAGGACAUCAGUGUCACCAAGCACUUUCUUCCUCACAAGAAGCUGUCCUUUGACGAGUCGAGCUCGGCCGACAAGGUGACGUUCAGCAAUGUGUGACUUGCAACGGUGACUUGGGGUCAGUGAUUUGUGUGAUGUUGAGCGUUAAAUAAAAUUCCGUGUAGAGUUCAUGUUACUUACCUAGGCACUGCUGACGUAGUGUAGACCCGAGCCCACGGUGUCUUUGCACAGCUUUGUGAUUUAGUAAAUGUUCGUGGUGGAAUUUACAUGUUUGACCAAACUUGGAGCUUUUCUGAUGCCUUGUCUCUCUUCUUCUGUGUUUGGAAGACAUGAAGGACGGUGAGAGAAUCCCUGCUUCCAAUGGGCCAGCAGCUUCAUCCUCGGACUGCAACCUUAGGUGGGGAACAAACAUGCCAUACGUGUCCAGCUGGCAGGUUUAGAAAGGUCUGGAAAGGUCAUUCUGCUGACACAAUGGUGACAAAGGAACCACAACAGCGAAAAUCAAUCUUAACGCAAAGAAGAAUUUUAGAUUUAGUUUGAGUUGAAAAAAAAAUUCAGCACAACCACUGCCUCGCAGUUAGGAGACCCGUCUGGGUUGGCUUCCCGGGUCC